AUGCGUGAGCUUGCCUUUAUAUCGACCGAUCUCGUCUGUCUUCAGGAUGUUGAGGCCGGUUUGACUCGUCCUGGCGGUCGCCUUCUUUCCAUGCUGGCUGAGCAUGGGUACUCGGCCAGAUUUGUGCUCACCCCAUGUGACACGAGUGUUAGGACAUCAAUUGACCACCAAUCCAGCGCAGUCGCUCGGGCCACUAUCCUUCUUUAUCGAACAGAUGUUUUCACUGAGCUGGGGUAUCGCAUCCGCCCAGUGGACAAAAUAGCUAAAUCCGUAUGUUCAUAUCAAUUUUUCAUAUUCCUUCAUAUAUAUGCAUAUAUGUACGCCCCUAAUGUAAUAACGUAA